GUACACAUGUCUCCACAGAUGUGGUCAGCGUAGCCUGCAGCUCAUCAGAGAAGAAUGUUUUCGACAACAAUGCUCCUCAACCAACGCUGUACAAUAGGAAGCUCUCAGGUAUUGCUCGCAUACAAUACGACUGGCAUCACGAUGGGAGAGCAGUACCGUAUUUCAUGUGGGAGACGCCGUCGUCCAUGAAUGGAACUGCAAUUUUCCAGUCAAAGCGACUUGGGAUAAACGGUUUGCAGCUCAGUAUUGUAACUUUUCAUAACGCGGUGCUGAUUUCAGAGGGUCAAAAGUACCAAACGUUCUUGACCAGCUGCAAUGCUAUUUCCAGCUCUGGGCAGAUUAUACACCUAGUGGACGAAAAUGGGUGUAUUGUGGACUCUGAGCUCAUCGGUGAAGUGGUUUACAAUAGUUUCAUGCCGAAAGUGUUCGCUCGCGCUCGUGUCUUCAAGUUUAUGAACGAUGAGAAGUACGUGAAAAAAGUUCAUUCAUGCGUAUAA